GAAGUAGCAGCACAUUACCAGCCGCUCCUUCCCGAGGCCGGCGAGGGCCGCCUCGUUCAGCCCAUACUGUGAUCUGAUAGGUACUCCCGGUUGCUGUGACUGUGGUCGCUAUGGUACGGCGGCAUGUGGCUAAACCAGUUACCGUACGACGGCGUCGAGCUGGUUAAGGGAGCUAGGGAGGAAAGCACGGCCGAUGAGGAAGGUCGUAGAGCGGAGAUACAGCCUGGCACAUGGCAGUUGGGGCCGGCAAAACUGGGGCGGUCAGGCUGCUCUUCGAGGCGGGCGCCGAGCCGUGGCCGCUUACCGUCUUCAACCGGCCCCCGCUCAGCAUGCCGAGCGCCCGCUUGCGCCUGAAAGUGGUCAAGCCAUUCGUAGCGCAUGUCGAGGCGCGCCGGGAGCGCCGGGCGGCGGCGCACACGGAGCAGAUGGAGGUCAAGAUUCGCCGCAAGAGCACGAGCAGCGACGGCAACAAUGUUGAGGCAGCCACCGGCGGCGGCGUGGAGGAGGACCGGAACCAGCUCUCGGAGGCGCUCUUAAUCACCGCCAGUUGGGGUGAGGAGCGUGUCGUCGCCCUACUACUCGACGCUGGGGCCGGCAAGAACUAUCCCGACGCCCGCGGCGACACGCUGCUGCUGGACGCGGGCGCUUGCCACCUCAACUCGGGCGCCGACCCGACCGUCGUUGGCGGCAGCUAUGGCACGCUGCUGGGCGCGGCUGCGCUCCGGGCGCCCGUAGACACGCUCGACUUCGUGCUGGGCAAAGGGCCCGGCGACGGCGGGGUCGGCCUUUCGGUCACGAUGACGGGCCGUGAAGGCCGCAACGCCGCCCACAUGGCCAUUGCCAGGAAGGACGGCGGCAACGCCCAGGACACGAUGGACAAACUCGAACUGCUGACGGGCUGCGACGGCGGGGCGAACCCGCUCGGCGCGUUGGACCACAUCGGCCGCCGACCGCUGCACCUCGCGGCGGCCGCCGGCCGGACGGCUGUGGUGAUGUACCUGCUUAACCGUGGUGAAGAUGGGCACAUCAACGACGCUGAUGCCGAUGACUGGACCCCGUGUGGUAGAACGUUUUCGGCGACCGCUGGAGCUGCGACCAAUGCACAACUUCGACCCCUGCUUUAAAUGCCACAGCAGAUAGAUUCAAGUCCACAAACCAAACCAUACCUUUACAUACCACGCGGUCGC